AUGGCGGCUUGGGGUUCCAAGUCCUACCCUGCUUACCUGUUCCAGGCCAACUCCAGUUAUAAGGAUCAGGUCUGUGGCAUAGGUGAAGGCAAUAGAGAGGAGUUGCGUCUGUAUCAUCAUCUCUUGGACAACUAUGACAAUUCACACAGGCCUGUGAAGAGGCCUGAGGAAACUGUCACUAUCACACUCAAGGUUACCCUGACCAACCUCAUUUCACUGAAUGAGAAAGAGGAGACCCUGACCACGAGCGUCUGGAUUGGAAUUGACUGGUAUGAUUACCGACUCAACUACAGCAAGAACGAUUUUGAGGGUAUAGAGAUCAUGCGGGUCCCUGCAAAUCUCGUGUGGCUACCAGAGAUUGUGCUGGAAAAUAAUAUUGACGGCCAGUUCGAUGUGGCCUACGAUUGCAACGUUCUCAUCUAUGAAGGCGGCUAUGUAAGCUGGUUGCCCCCAGCCAUCUACCGCAGCACCUGCGCCGUGGAGGUCACCUAUUUCCCCUUCGACUGGCAGAACUGCUCGCUAGUAUUUCGCUCACAGACAUACAGUGCUGAAGAGGUGGAGUUCAUCUUUGCCUCGGAUGAUGAUGGCCAGGUCAUUAACCAACUCUAUAUAGACACUGAGGCCUAUACUGAAAACGGCGAAUGGGCCAUCGACUACUGUCCAGGGGUGAUCCACCACACAGACAGUGGCACGGCUGAUGGCCAAGGAAGCAUCGAGGUCAUCUACACGCUCAUCAUUCGUCGGAAGCCGCUCUUCUACAUCAUUAAUAUCAUUGUCCCCUGUGUGCUCAUCUCUGGCCUGGUGCUGCUUGCCUACUUUCUGCCUGCACAGGCCGGAGGCCAGAAAUGCACCGUCUCCAUCAAUGUCCUACUCGCCCAGACAGUCUUCUUGUUCCUAAUUGCCCAGAAAAUCCCAGAGACCUCUCUGAGUGUGCCGCUGCUGGGCAGGUUCCUCAUCUUCGUCAUGGUGGUCGCCACGCUCAUCGUCAUGAACUGCGUCAUCGUGCUCAACGUGUCUCUAAGGACGCCCAGCACGCACGCCGCCAGCCCGCGCCUGCGCCACGUGCUGCUGACCUCCUGCCCGCUCCUGCCCCGCCUUGGCUCGGCCGCGCCCCCGGCUGCCCCCCAGCCCGCCUCGGCCCCCCGGCGCGCCUCGUCCGUCGGCCUCCUGCUGCGGGCCGAGGAGCUGAUCCUCAAGAAGCCGCGCGCGAAGCUCGUGUUCGAGGGCCAGCGGCACCGGCCACGCGCUGCCCUGUGCCAGAGCCUGGGCGCCGGCCCGCCCGAGAUCCGCAGCUGCGUGGACGCCUUGAACUUCAUCGCCUGAGAGCACGCGGAACGGGAGGCCGCCGAGGAGGAGGUGUCCGACUGGGUCCGCAUGGGCAAGGCCCUCGACAACCUGUGCUUCUGGGCCGCCCUGGUGCUCUUCGGCGUGGGCUCCAGCCUCAUCUUCCUCGGCGCCUACUUCAACCGAGUGCCCGAGCUGCCCUACCCGCCCUGCAUGUGAGCCCCGGCUGCGAGGCGCCC